AUGGCGUCUACUUUGAAUGCUGCUGUUUCCCUCACAUCUUCAAAGUCUUCUUCUCUUCCAGCUAGGAGCAGUGCCAUUGCUCCUGAAAGGAUCAGGUUUGGUAAGGGUGCUUUUUACUACAAAGGCAACAAUGUAGUGACAAGCAGAAGAGUGGUUUCAGUAAGAGCUGAAGUCACAACGGAUGCUCCUGCACCGGUGAAGAAAGUAGAGAAAGAGUCAAAGAAGAACGAGGAAGGUGUGAUUACUAACAAGUACAGACCAAAGGAGCCUUACACCGGCAAAGUCCUUCUCAACACUAAAAUCACAGCUGAUGAUGCUCCUGGAGAGACCUGGCACAUGGUUUUCAGCCAUCAAGGAGAAAUCCCCUACAGAGAGGGACAAUCUGUUGGUGUGAUUGCAGAUGGUGUUGACAAGAAUGGGAAGCCUAACAAGGUCAGGCUUUACUCAAUUGCAAGCAGCGCUCUUGGAGAUCUUGGCAACUCUGAAACCGUGUCUUUGUGUGUGAAAAGGCUUGUUUAUACUAAUGACGCAGGAGAGGUUGUUAAAGGAGUUUGCUCAAACUUCUUGUGUAAGUUCCAGUGGAAAGAAUGUACUUGUAUGUUUUCCUUCAAGAUAUUUCACCUAUUUCCUAUUUUUGUUUCAGGUGACUUGAAACCAGGAAGUGAUGUCAAGCUCACUGGUCCUGUAGGAAAAGAAAUGCUUAUGCCUAAGGAUCCAAACGCCACUGUUAUUAUGCUUGCCACAGGGACAGGAAUAGCUCCUUUCAGGUCUUUCUUGUGGAAGAUGUUCUUUGAGAAACAUGAUGACUACAAGUUUAAUGGCUUAGCUUGGCUGUUCUUGGGUGUACCAACCACUAAAACCAAAUCUCAUAGUUGUUGUUGUUGUGUGACUGAAUAUCUGCAGGAGUUUGACAAGAUGAAAGCAAAAGCCCCUGAGAACUUCAGGGUUGAUUAUGCCAUAAGCAGAGAACAAGCAAACGACAAAGGAGAGAAAAUGUAUAUCCAAACCAGGAUGGCGCAAUACGCACCUGAACUAUGGGAGUUGCUGAAGAAAGACAACACAUUUGUGUACAUGUGUGGUCUUAAGGGAAUGGAGAAAGGAAUUGACGACAUCAUGGUCUCAUUAGCUGCUAACGACGGUAUUGACUGGUUUGAUUAUAAGAAGCAGUUGAAGAAGGCAGAGCAAUGGAACGUUGAAGUCUACUGA